GACGUUUUGGCGCGGUUUUGGUUUGGCGGGAAGUAAGACCUGCGGCGGAGACUCAGUCAGUCAGUGAGUGUGUGACCUAGCCCGGUGUAAUCUCAGCUCGCCAUGGAUCCUUUCAAGCUGCAGGUGAGUGAACGGCUGGCUGAGACCCGAGUUUGGCACACUGUGCCCGGGACACUGGGCGGGCGGCUGUUUAUUCUCCACAAUGACGGCCGGACUGUGACUGCUGUGACGCUCAGCCAGCCCGUCCUUUAAUGGAGUGCUUCGGCUUACAGCAGCUCAGGGAGUCCACAGUUAUUUGUAUUAUCUGCGGUCAUUGGCCGUGUAUACACUGCUGGUGGCAUGGAGUGUGUGUAUAUAGUGUACACUGCUGGUGGCUGAUGCGGGGGGGGAGUACACGCUGGUGGCUGAUGCGGGGGGAGUGCUGGUGGCUGAUGCGGGGAGUACACUGCUGGUGGCAUGGAGUGUGUGUAUAUAGUGUACACUGCUGGUGGCUGCUGGUGGGGGAGUACACUGCUGGUGGCUGAUGGGUGGGGAGUACACGGCUGGUGGCUAAUGGGGGGAGUACACGGCUGGUGGCUGAUGGGGGCAGGCUGGUGGCUGAUGGGGAGCGCUGGUGGCUGAUGGGGGGAGUACACUGCUGGUGGCUGAUGGGGAGUACACUGCUGGUGGCUGAUGGGGAGACACGGCUGGUGGCUGAGUACACGGCUGGUGGCUGAUGGGAGCACGGCUGGUGGCUGAUGGGGAGUACAGCCUGGCUAAUGGGGGGAGUACACUAAUCACGGCUAAUGGGGGAGUACACGGCUGGGCUGAUGGUGGAGUACACGGCUGAUGGGGGAGUACACGGCUGGUGGCGAGCUGAUGGGGAGGGGGAUGGGGAGUACACGGCUGGUGGCUGAUGGGGGGAGUACACGGCUGGUGAUGGGGGAGACAUGGCUGGUGGCUGAUGGGGAGUACACGGCUGGUGGCUGAUGGGGAGCACUGCAGGCUGGGGAGUGGGGGAGUACACGGCUGAUGGGGAGUACACGUAUUGAUGGGGAGUACGGCGGCUGAUGGGGAGCACGGCUGGUGGCUGGGGGGAGUACACGGCUGGUGGCUGAUGGGGGAAGUACACGGCUGGUGGCUGAUGGGGGUACACGGCUGGUGGCAGGGAGUGUGUGCCCUGGCUGGAUUGGGAGUGCACACAGGUGGCCGAUGCAGGGAAUAUAUAUAGUAUACACAUGUGGUGUGGUAAUAUACACUGAGUGUCCCACGUGGCGAUCGUGCAGAGAAAGUUAAAUGCUGCGGUCACGUGACGCCUAGGCCCGCCAAAGGUUCUGUGUAUGCAUGGCCUCCCUGCUACAUGAAACCAUUGCCCAUGUGCCUGUAUUUGGCUGGGUCUGAAUUUGUCGGGUCACAUCAUGUGUGCUCACCUCGAUCUGACAAAGUGCUUUGUGACUAUUUGACCUUUUUUGGAUCGAUACAAAGAGGCCAGUCUCUAACUCGUGCUGUUCCCAUAUAACUAUUAAUAAGUGACCUAGAUUCUAGUUAUGGGAGGUUUUUUUUUGUUUGUGUUUUUAAAUGGGGACAUGUAAUGCUCAUGUGAUAGAGCAGUGGUUCCCAACCCACCAGUACAGAAGUGUGAUUCACUUUUAUAACUUGGUUGCCAAUGUCUAUGUUCUCACUUCACCAAUACCCAGCCCUAUAAGACUCCUGAAAAUAUGAGUGGGCUACCUGCUUUGGUCACUGCAUUUAUCGGGAUUAAUGACAGUAUUGAAUGUACAUAGACAAUGAUGGAAGUGAAAGGAAUGUCCAUAGAGAAUAAUGGAAACAAAAUAUUUAAAUCAGAGGCAAUUCGCAAUUAGACAUAUGAAAUAAAUAUUUUGUUGGCAUACUCUCCAGGUUCAGUGUCAAUUUUUAAGAUUAAGUGGGAUUAUAAUUGUUUUCUAUAGAAUGACAAGGGUGAAUGACUAAAGAGAAUGCUCAUAGAGUAUAAUGGGAAGCAACAAACUAAUUUGCUAGCAAAUUAACCUUUACCAUAGGUGUCCCCCAAGUACAGCAGCAGAUUGUAACAUUAAACGUAACUGGGAUUAUUAUAGCCUUUGUCUAUGGAAUGAUAGGUAAAUGAUACAAUGGAAUGCCCAUAGAGUAUAAUGGGAAGCGAUUUUAAAAACUGACACUGAACCUGGAGAGUAUGCCUGCAAAAGAUUUACUUGAUAUGUUUCACGGUUCUGAUUCCAAGUCACGUAUUGCUUCCCAUUAUACGUGGCAUUCCAUUGUAUCAUUCCUGUCAUUCCAUUGAAAAGAGCUAUAAUCCCAGUUACUUUUAAUUUUACUAUAUGCUGCUGUACAUGGGGAACACCUGUGGUAAAGAUGAAUUUGCUGUUUACCUGCAAAUGAAUGUGUUGCUUCUCAUUAUACUAUAUGGGCAUUUUCUUUAGUCAUUUACCCUUGUCAUUCCAUAGAAAACAUUGAUGAUACCAAUUGAUUUUAAAAAUUGACACUCAACUUGCAGAGUAUGCCAACAAAUGAUUUUUCAUAUGCCUAAUAGUUUUGCCUGUAAUUGAAAUAUUUUGUUUUCAUUAUUCUCUAUGGGCAUUCCUUUCACUUCCAUUAUUUUCUAUGGGCAUUCCACUGCCUUGUUAAAGUCUAUGGGCAUUCCAUACUGUCAUUCCUUUUAGUAUGUCUCCAUUCAUCAAAACAUGCAUAAAUUAGUUAUGCCUACUCAUGGUAUAGGUUUUAGGUCUAUACAGAUGUUGCUGUCAUAAAAAAGAGCAAGGUAAAUUUACAAUCUCUCCCCAGCUGUUGCGUGAUUCUUACCAAAUGGUUGGGACAUAAGGAAAUGCAUUUAUGGAUGAAAUUAUGAAGAGCACUACUAAAUUGUGAGAUGGUGUUCUGACUGGAUUUAGUGAAGCCAAUCACCCCUACAAAUCCCUUCAAGGGAGCCUAACAUAUUUUUCCUAUUCUUUUAGACCAGAUCUUCUGCUAGACAAGCAGCCAUGCGAGAUGUCAAGGUGAUCUUACAAGAUGUAUUGGCAGCUAAAAGAACUCAGAAAUCACAAGUAAGUGUUUUUAAAAUGUGUAUAUAAUUGGGUCUUAUAAUUUAAUUGGCCAGUCCAUUUAUCAACCUUUAACUUUAAGGACUAACAAUCACUUUAUAUUUCUGUCCUUCUUAUACAUGUCGUCUUUCUAUGAGAGAUUAUAUUAAAACGGCAGUGUCAUGUCUAACUUACCUUUCUACUACGGUUUCCUCUCAGAAUCUGUUCUUUUCUUUAGUUUUGACCUAGUUUUCUUUUUACAUAAAACGGGGCUACCUUGUCUUGUGUAUUUUUCCUAUGCUUGACCUUCUUUGACCAAAUGAUUGGUUUGUCAGCUCCAUUUCCUGUUUCAUAGAUGGUACUCACCCUCCUCCUUGACACUUCAAAUGGAGCUGACUAAAGCUCCUUUUUAUUUUUAUUUUUUGUCAAAGAAAGUAAAGCGUAGAAAAAAAUACAUAAGCGAAAGUAGUCCCUAAAUUGUCUUUUGUUUUUAAAGAAAACUAGAUGGGAAGAAAAGAACAGAUUCUGUGAGAAGAAACUUAAGUUCACCGUGACAGUGCCACUUUAAAGUACUGGUCAUGUUUCAUUUUUAGAAGAGACCAUAUACUGUGAAGAACUUGUGAACUGUAAUGUUAAAAUACAAACUGUAAAUGCAGUUGGGUAUAUCUGACAUAUGGCCAAAAAUAUAAUUUUUACGUUCAUUUUCUUAACUGCAGAAAUGCAAUGUUUCAGAAGAGAAAAAUUUCCAAAAAUUUAGAAACGUGAAAAUCAUUCCAAUGGAAACAUCGUCCUCUGAUGACAGCUGUGAUAGUUUUGGCUCUGAUAAUUUUGCAAACCAGGUAAGUACAGUUGAAAACUGUGUGGAUAUGUUUCCAUCCUGGAAAUACUGCUAACAUGGUAGUCUUGAUUAGAACUGCAUGCUUUUGCUAACAUUUCUAUACAGCGGUUAUGAAUAUACACCAUCUCCUGUAAUUUAUUUUACUUUAUGCUGGCUUUUCUAGGUAGUAAUUGUUGGAAGCAGAUUAUCUACUUAUUCUACCCUUUGAAAUGUCACCUAACCUAAAAUGCCUGAUGAUUGCUAUAACAGCUCUUAAAUGAUUUGUAAACCUCAGCCAUUUUCUUAGUAACAAAAGCUAUUCUCUUGUAGUGCACUUGUAAAUGUGAUUUGCACUCUGAGCAGUUUGUGGAAAAUUGCUCCUUUAAAAAUAUAUAUAUAUAUUUUUUUUUUUUCCCCCACUCUCAGAAGAAUAGGUUCAGAAAAGGCACCACUGAACAACUGGCUAAAAUAUUUUCUGAGGGUUCUGAUAAUGAAUCGUUUUGCGGGUUUUCAGAGACUGAAAUUCAGGACGUCAUGGUGAGUCACAUGUUUUUAGCUGUGAACAUUGCAGUGGAUUGACAUUGAAAACGGUGAAGGAAAGAAAAUCCCACAUGGAGACAAUCUGACCUGAAUGGAUUAAAUAACUUAAUGGGAAGUCUUUGCAAAUAUUAGUUAUGAAACUUAGCAGAAUUGAAAAGUCAUAUUUGCAUGUCUGUCCAAAAGUUACUGAAAGGAAUGUACAUUCCUUUUUCCUCUUCUGCAAAUGUGAAUAUCUUUCAUAAAAAGGUCACAAAAUAAGAAAAUUUGUGCAAGUCAAUAUCAGGCUCAACACAUGUGUUUAUACUUGGCUUUGUGUUCAUGUUGGCACCUGUCUGCUUAAAGGUUUUGUGGUUCAUCAGACUUUCAGAACAUAUCAUAAUUUUAUUUUAGAAUGUUACAAGUUAGGAUUGUUAUAGUAUUGUAAAUCCAAAAUCUGGUAGUGCAGAAUGGCUUACGUGCCAGGCGUAAUAGCAUUGAAGAUGGCUGUCCCUUUUUAACACUGUAGAUUUUAUGUAGUUGAAAUCUUUUUCAACCUAAAUCAAGCUUGUUUUAUGUUCAUAAUUUAACAUAUAUGUAUGUGCAUUUUUAUUUUUAUAUAUAAUUUUUAUUUUUUUAUUUUUAUUUUUACUUUAGAAAAUUGAUUCUGAUUCUGAGGAACACAUUGAAAAGAGUAAAACACGUCCAGGUCGGCCUAAGAGGAACACAUCUCUAAGGGUAGCCUUGAAAUUUCCACCAAAACGAAACCAAAGAAACACAAAAGUAAAGGAUGAGAAGCAUUCAACUGUAGAUGGCUCUGAUGAUGAAUCUGGCCCUAAUUUCUUAGAGAAACGUGCUUUGAACAUUAAAGAAAACAAAGAGAUGGUAAGUGAAAUUCUCUGCAUCCAAAUCUAAAACAAUUAGUUAAGCUCCUUCUCUUUAACCCUUGAUGGAGUAAAACGUAUUUGCUGAGAGCUGCCUUUUUCUCCCUGUACAUCUAGAAAAGAAACGUCACAAUAUGUAAAUAUGCAAUUUUAGUGUUUUCUUUAACUUGGUAUUUCUACAGUAUAUCAUUCAGAACCUAUCCUCCACUUCACCCAUAGCCUCUUAUGGUGGGUUUGUGUACUUUUGAGAGCAUUCUUCAUGGUAUGACUGAGAUGAAACUUUUUUAUAUAUAUAUUUUUAGCUUGCAAAAUUGAUGGCUGAGCUGAACAAUGUACCUGGGUUCUCAUCAAUGAAAUCUCAAUUUUCUCAAUCUAAUUCAGUAAGUCAAAUAUCACUUUUCUGAUGUACUUAAUUAUACAUUUAUUUAAAAAAAAAUAAAAAAAUUAAAUGUGCUUUAAUCUUCUCUUUUAGAGAGUUAAACGUACUCCUAGGACUCACCAAUCUGGAGCGAGUACCAGAAAAAAUCCAGACCGAAACGCUCGCCCUUACACAAGAUCAAGAUCCCUUAUUGAUGGACCACCAAGCCCAUCUCUAGAUGAAGAGGAUGAUGACCCCUACUAUUUAGUGAAGAGGAAGAGAAUGUAUGAUGAUGAUUUGGAGGCAAGUGUUAAAGACUUAGAGCAUAUUGUGUGAAUCUAGAUUUAUCUAGUCUACUUGCUUCACAGGACUUGUAUGCUGUAAAGCAAAAAUUGUGUUAAAAAAAAAAAAAAGUGGGCUCAUUGCACAGGAAUAUUGACAUGAAGUGCUGUUUUUGCAGAUUUUUUUUUUUCUUUUUCUUAAAAUUUCAAUGUAGACUAACAUAGAAAAAAAUAGAUCACUGUUCAGGCUGGAUUGAUCUUUUGGAAUUUUAUUUUGUAGGAUGAAACUUAUGUGCCCAGGAGGAGCCGCCCAAGUAUGUCUAUACCCCAUGUUGUACGACCUGUAGAAGAAAUCACAGAGGAAGAGCUUUGUCGCAUCUGCUUCAAUGUCAGGGAGAAGGUGUACAAUAGAUCAACGGUGAGUAAGAUUUUAUAGGGCAAUGUAAAAACAAAGUGUGUCCUAAUCAAUAAAAAGCAACACAAGCAUUUUAACAAUUUAGUUUUGUGGACCAGCUUGAAAGACAUUCAGCAAUUUCCUUCCAUUUGCAUUACCACUUUGUGGGUUUGCAGGCUUGUAUGGUGGCCUUCUCAUUCCUUUUAUUACACUUGCAUGCAAAACAAUCUUUCUGGGCAUUAAAUUUAAUUUAAGGACCAUAGGGAUAUAUAUAUAUAUAUAUAUAUAUAUAUAUAUAUAUAUAUAUAUAUAUAUAUAUAUAUAUAUAUAUAUAUAUAUAUAUAUAUAUACCGUAUAUACUCGUGUAUAAGUCGAUCUCAUGUAUAAGUCGAGUGCAGUUUUGUGACCAACAAUUGUGAAAUAUGCUAUGCCUCGUGGAUAAGUCGAGGGUAAAACUUGGGGCUAUGAAAUUCUGUGAUUUUUAUAAUUAUAUACACACACACUCAUACAAACACACACUCUGCAUUAUAUAUACACACACUCAUACAAACACACAUUCUGCAUUAGAUACACACACACACUCAUACAAACACACACUGCAUUAGAUACACACACUCUGUGUAUAUAAUGCAGAGUGUGUAUAUAAUGAAGAGUGUGUGUUUGUGUAGUGUGUGUGAACUGGGUGGGGGGAGGGCAUUUUUAUUAUUUUUUUUAAUUUUAAUAUUUUUUAUUUUAAUUUUUUUUGUCCCCCCUCCCUGCUUGUUAACCGGUCAGGGAGGGGGGCUAUCUUAAUCGCUGGUGGUCCAGUGGCAUGGGCUGUGAAGUGGGGGGCCGGCAGGAAGCAUUUACUUACCUUUCCUGCAGCUCCUGUCAGCUCCCUUCUCCUCCGUUCCGGUCAGCUCCACUGUAAGUCUCGCGGUCUGGUUGCCGCGCGGAUUGUUGCCACGGCUCUGACGGCCGCGGCUCUCUAAGUUGCCAUAAUACAGACAGUGACUCGAGUAUAAGUCGAGUGGGGGUUUUUAAGCACAAAAAAUGUGCUGAAAAACUAGACUUAUACUCGAGUAUAUACUGUAAGUUAGAAAAGGUGUUUGGUUUUUUUUCCAUAAUUUAUUUAAAAAAUUCAUAGUAAGUUAGGCUAUAAAAAUAAUCAUCUUUAGAAAGACCUUUUAACGCUAUAUAACAUGUGUGGGUACAGUAAACGAGUAAGAAGAAAAUUACAGCUAAACACAGCAGAAAUGUAAACAGCCCUGGUCCCAAACGGUAAGAAAAUUCAAAAGCAGUCUGGUCACUAAGGGGUUAAGGAAGUGUGUGAUCUUUGCCUUAUUCAUGCUUCCCUGGUCACCUUGUGGAUAGCCAGGGACCCUCACUCAGUGGUAAACUGCUUGAAAAGGGUUUAAUGCCGAAUAGAGGAAGUGUGGCAGGGGACUCAGGGCACUGUAACUGAUUUGUACAUUAAAACCAAUGGGCUUGAGACCUUCAGUAUGGCUGGCAUAUUCUGUCCUAUUUUGUAUGCUUGGCCAAAGCAAAACACAAAGUGCUUGAAAUUUUUUAAAGAAUACUUUUGUAUCUUUGAUUCCAAUAGGGCUCAACUUGUCAUCAAUGUCGUCAAAAGACUACAGACACUAAAACAAACUGUCGAAAUCCAGAGUGUGUAGGAGUGAGAGGACAGUUCUGUGGCCCAUGUUUAAAAAAUCGCUACGGAGAGGAUGUGAGAAAUGCGUUACUAGAUCCAGUAAGACUAUUUUCUUGUAUUAAUAGUAAUGAUAAACCUUUUGUAAUGUAAAGCAAACAGGAAUGUUUAGCUGUUGUACCCUGACUUGUGUAAUUUCUUAUUUUUGUCUUUUUUUUUUUUUUUUCCUAGGAGUGGCUCUGUCCACCAUGCAGAGGAAUUUGCAAUUGUAGUUUCUGUAGACAGCGCAAUGGCCGCUGUGCUACUGGUGUACUGGUUUAUCUUGCCAAAUACCAUGGAUUUGACAAUGUCCAUGCCUAUUUAAAAAGGUAGGUGUAUGUUGGUUAAUAGACACUGUUCGUGUAUUCAAAGUUUCCAUAUUUUUAACUUUUUUUUUUUUUUCCCCUCUUUUCAGCUUGAAACGUGAACUUGAAAAGGAAGACUAAAUAUUUCAAAAUAUUCAUUCAAACCCUUGAAAUACACUUUUUAUUGAUGUUUUAACAUCAGUUCACUGUGACAGAAUGGUAUUUAGAAUAUUCAGUUAAAGGGCUUUUCUUUUUCUCUUCAGUUGAUGGCUCCCUAAUUUGAUAUUCUUAUGUUUGCCAUAUUUAAAGAUACCAAAUUAAGGUAGUGAAUAAUAGACCAGAUUAGUAACUGAUCAUAUUCAAUUGGUUGCAAAUGCAAUUAAUAUUAUUUGUUAAAAUGACUGAAUCACAUGGAAGAAUUGUGUCCUAAUGCAAUUCAGGACCUUUUUGAUUUGGUCAUCUGGUGAUCCUACUGGUAAACUGCUGAAUCGCCCAAUUGUUGCCUGGAUUGCUGUUCAUCCAAAUGCACAAGUUUUGGUUACUCAACUUUGUAUCCUCUAUUUUGAAAUGAAUAUAUACCUUUUUAAGUUUUUGUAAUGCACCUUCUCUAAAGAUGGGGUAUUUGUAAUGGUUAGCAAGCCUAACUGGGAAUCCCAAUUAAAAAGAAAAUGUAAAUAUUUUAUAUAUGUAAAUCUGUUCUGCUUGUAGAAAAUGUAACAUAAAACAUUGUAUACAAAUAAAAAUUUGUAGAGUUCUUUCUGUAAUCUGCUCAAAAUGAGUUAACCUUUUUAAAGGGACAUCCCAGGCACCCAGACCACUUCUGCCUAUUGGAGUGGUCUGGGUGCCAACACCCACUACCCUUAACCCUGCAAGUGUAAUUAUUGCAGUUCUCAUAAACUGCAAUAAUUACCUUGCAGGGUUAAGUCCUCCUCUAGUAGCUGUCUUAUCAGACAGCCACUAGAGGGACUUCUGUGUUCUUAGAACACGAAAAGAGUGUUAUACGAUGCUGGACGUCCUCACGCUAUGUGAUAACCUCAGCGUCGCCAAAAUCCCCAUAGGAAAGCAUUGAAAAAUGCUUCCUUUAAGGAGGCCUAAUGCGCAUGUCGGCAGGAGAGUAGGCGGAGCCUGACCCAGCGCUGGUGAUGGGUGGGGAGGGGCACACAGGGUCCUGCAGUGCCAGGAAAACCAAUAUGUAUAUCCGUUUAAAUAACCAUUGAUCUGGUUACAAAUCUUCUCUGAUCCCUACGUAGUACCAUGGUACUUAAAUACGUAAAAAUAUAUAUAUAUAUUUUUUUAUUUUUUUUAGGUCUCUGAGAUUAUUUGUUCUAGUAACCAUUUUUAGGAUAUUAAUAACCUGUCAUGCAUCGAACAUGGUAUUUCUCUAGUUUCUAAAGACUUCCCUCCUUUGUACAACUUUUUGAGGCAAUGUCGAGGCAUUCUGGGAAAUGCAGGUGCAACACUGACAUACUUGGACUUUUCGUGCUUUGUUGAUCUAAAGGUUGUGGGUUCACUUUCAAUUUAUACUUCCCAUCCUCCCCCUUCCCCAGACUGUAAUUGUUACUUUAAGUUGCUUGUACCUUAACUGUGUGUAAAACAAUGCAAAUUUUUAUUCCGUUGUGUUCCCAGAGGAGUUCGCACAAACGCAUUUUGAUAUUUUGCAUGCAAAUGUUUGGGGCCUAGAAGGGGUAGAUUGUUAUUAAUAUGUUAAGCCAAGUUUUAUAUAAAUGCAAAGUAAUGGUUUUUAAAUAAAACUUAAUGUUUUUUUUUAACACUUACUACCCUCACUGUUUGUUUGUGCAACAUUUAAACCUCUUCCUUUUUCACUUUUUGAUGAAAUGUCUGCUACAAAGACAGCCUUCUUCUAGGAGAAACUCUGAUACAAGCUAAAUGCAUACUGUUUUUCUAAAGGUUUUGUUCGUAAUCUAUUUUCAGACUUCAUAAUUAAAAAGGAAAAACUACUUACAGCUGGUUGUUUUUUCUGCAGGAUGAUAUAUAAUAUUCAAG